AUGGCGGCUGUCAAUCGGAAUAUGUUUGACGCCAGCGUUACAACAGAUCGGCCGCGCGGAGCGUCGUUGAUGGUUCUACCGUUGAAUCUGAUCGCGCUCAUUAUCUCCCACUUGGAAGAUCCCGGCGACCUUGCUCGCCUGUGUCGAACAUGUCGAGUCCUCAACUACAUGACGCUCCCGCAGCUGUACAAGAGCAUUACCCUGACGUCCUACGAUAGGAUCCGAUACCGUGGGGAUCAGCCAGAAGGGAUGGGAAGCGCAAGCCCCUUCUCAAUGGGUCUUAACGCCAUUAUCACCCGUCCGUACGCAUCGCUAGUUCGGUCGCUGACGCUCCGAGGAAACUGGCGGGAGUCAGAGCUGGAAGAGCAUGCGCGCAUUGGUCGGGUGACAGAUUCCUCCAUGAUGCUGAAUAUUGUGGUUCGGGCGGCCAUCGACAAGAUGAAGGAGUUGGAAAGCUUCAGCUGGGAGCUCAAUACCAAGAUGCUGGAAACUGUCUACCUCGGACUGGCGCAACAACCUAAGCUGACAUCGCUGACUAUACGAUUUCCCUCGAGCCGUCACCCUCGACCGACGAUUGUCAUACCCGCAAUGCCUCAUCUACGGCGCUUGAAAAUCACCGAUAUUGACCCUCUUUGCUACCCAGACGACAUUUCAACUCUCCUUUGGAAGUGUAAGAAGUUGCAAGAACUCAAUAUGCACUGGUCACCUCGAAUGAGAGAAGAGCAAGAGCCUAGCGUUAUGGUCCAUGACUACUUCCGCAAAUGCAUAUCAGCAAAGCAGCCUCUUCGAGUCAAGAAGAUAGGGCUUCAGAACUUGUACGCUCUUCAUACCGAAGAGUUCAAUCUUGCGUUCGAUCAGACCUUGGUCGAAGAUGUCACCAUCCUUACGGAUACCAAAUCAGACGACUACAACUUCAUGAAUACGUUUGUUGACAGCACCUGGCCGAUUGCCCCUCCUCAUGUCGUCAGGAUCAAGGGCAUUAGACAGGAUCGUUUCAAUAGGAGGCAUGCGGACUUUCUAGGAAAUUUCACUGGACUAGAAAGACUGUAUUUCGUCAAUGCAACACCCAAUCCAAACGACAUGAGAUCACCUAGACACUUGGAGUACCCGGCCCCCACGCCACCCUUUGUGGACCAUAAUCACAACAAUCCAGGCAGUGCUCCAGCCUAUACUCCCGAAAAUACACCUUCCUGUUCUCCCGGAUUGCAGGCCAGCAUCCGUGAUGCCUACCUCAAUAAUAUAAUUAUAAACCACGCUGCAACUCUACGGCAUCUCUUGCUCCCUUCCUACUGGCCGCUCUCAUCAAAUACGAUUGCCCGUAUUGUUCACUCUAGCCCGCAACUUGAGCAGCUUGCUUUUGCAACAGAAUUCUCCAGCAUGGAGACGCUAGGGCUAUUACUCCCAUUCCUCCGUAACCUGGUUGCUGUACGCCUUCUAGUUCCGACCGGUGCUACGUCGUCGUCGCCGCAGACUCCACGGCCACCGAAAGCGAGCUUGGGGCUCUUAUCAUCACGUUCAGCGGAAGAGGUAUUUACAUCCGCGCUAUCUCUUGCAGAUAUCGUGGAAGCCGACGACGACAUCCUAAUUGAAAAGUUCUCUGAAUCGCUAGCGGAUCCACAGGUAUUCAGUCAGCUGAGGUUUUUCGGUUUCGGCUGGAAAGCAUUCGAGCUUUUGGACUACUAUACAAUUCCCGCUGUCCCUCCCCCUGAGCGUACUGUUGAAUCGCAAUCACAGUCACCAGCAGAUCUAGUGGGCGAGGAGGUCAAUGGAUGUCGAGAGCCUUACCAGAAUGGAUUGUCACAGAGGGACGACGGAACAGCCGCCUCUUGUAUCUUGACUCCAGCCCCGGCUUCCCAAACCCCGCCCACCGGGCCAGCACCGAGGACAAGCCAGGCUCCGUCGUUGCUAGGCAAACGAAGGCGGGAACAUGACCUGAACCUAGGAGCACCACCCAAGAAGGGAAUGUCGCGUGAAACCCCCAUAGAUAUAUCGGAACUCAACCUUGUCUGCCAACACCGAUCAUGA